AUACGCACGGCCGACAUCCGCUGCCCCUCCUUGCUCGCCUCUCCCGCUCGCCUCUCCCGCUCUUUUUUUUUCCCUCCCCCCCAUCCCGCUCCCUCGCGGCGCCUCGCCCUCCGGAGAGCACGCGCCAUGUUCGCCCCGCCGGGUACGGAGGGUGCGCGUCCGCGCACCAUGCGCUUCGGCCUGAUGGCGGCCCCCGGGGCCGGGGGCGACGCGGACGCCCCCUCGGCCGCGGACCUACAGGGCGCCACCACCUCCCAGAGCAUGGAAUCCCAGCUGGGGCUCCUGUCGGCCCCGACCGCCACGCUGCCGGUGUGGCUGCAGUCGCCGGGCUGCGAGCAAUUCAUCGGCCAGCCGCUCCGGCAGCUGGUCCUGCAGCAGGCACUGGCGCGGCUGGAGUCGGCCCCGGCCACCGGGGCCCUGCUGCGCGAGUGGUCCUGCCACCGGCCGGCCGGGCCGAAGCUGUCGCCGGAGCACCACGCGCUGUCGGGCCUGUCGCUGGCCGGCAGCUCGCGGGCCCUGCUGAGCCCGCGCUCGGCCGACGGGCUGUCCCUGGCCGAGGAGGACCCCCUGCACCCGGGGUCCAUCCCGCUGGAGCCGCUGUAUCAGGAUGGCCCGCUGGUCGGGCCUCUGGACGAGGAGGACCCGCCGAUGGCUGCCCGGGCGCCGCUGCCGACGCCGGCCUCCCGGCGGGCGGCCGCCACACCGCCCCCCGACGAUGGGGCCUCCUUUGCCGGGUUCCUGGGGUUUGUCUUCCGCGGGGAGUGGCUUCCCCAGCGCCAGCGCGGCGGCGCCGCGUCCAUCGACCGGCCCAACCGCCUGUCCCUGGGGCUGCCGCUGCUCGGCCGGCCGACUCGCGCCUACAUUCUGCGGCUUCGGCUCGCCGGCAUCGGCCUGCUGAUGCUGGAUGUUGCCCUGCUGCUGGCGUCCAUCUUCCUGGCGGUGUCGUCGCAACCCGGCACCGGCUGGCUGCUGACCGACCCGGCCCGGCGGGCGCUCGUGUCCUUCUGGUGGUCGCGCGAGCAUGAGCCCGGCGGCUGGACCCCCUCACAUCGCUACGUCCUCUUCGCGGGGAUGUUCAUUUCCAUCCUCUCGGCCGGCCUCUUCCUCUGGCAGCCGCCGCUGCCCUUCUCCCGGGUGUAUGGCGACAGCGUGGACCCCCGGGGCCCGGCAUCCGGGGCUGAUGAGGUGGCCCUGGCCGCGGACCUCGGCCCGGACUUGGUCGACGCCGGGCCCAUCGGCCCGUACGGCAGCAUGGACCGGCCGCCGCAGGGGAAAUCCUUCUACGGCCGGGGCCACCGGCAGCUGGCCCGCGCGCGGCAGUUCGCCCGCGGGCUGGACGCCCGUGGCCACCGCGACCCGGGCGCCAUCCUGACCAUGACCCAUGUCUUUGAUGCGGCCUGCACGCUGGGCUUCUGCUUGCUCUUUGUCCAGGCGUCGGUGGUCCUGCUGCGGCCGCUGGCCUGGACGCACAUCGCCCGGGGGGUGAUCCUGCUGGUGGCUGGGACCUGCCUCACCAGCUAUCAGCACCACGCCGGCGGCAGUGCCGUGUCCUGGCGCCUGGCGGCCCCGAUGCCGCCGACGCGCUGACACCGGUCCGAUGGCGGCCCAAUGGCGGCCCAAUGGAUAUGCCUUUGCCUGG